AUACACUGAAGACAGACUGCAGAGAUUGCACUUCAGAAGUGGCUGUUGAUUAUGUGCUUGAUAUUAUCACUGAGAUAUCUUUUUGUAUUUUUCUGCCGGGGAUGGGCCAGAUUGGGAAGGGCGAUAUGAGGGUGAGACUUGAUGUUAGUGUUUUGAAACAUCAAAGAUGGACAGGGUUUUCGCAGAGGUCACUCCUCAGAUAUCUUCACAACUACAGAUCAGGGAUCUUCCAAAAUCAAGAAGAUUGGUGCAUAUGGCUAGGUCUCUUCACCUUACAAUUUGUAUGGCAAUUUGGCCCGGGGUUGUGGUGUGAUAGGGGAGAAUGAGGGAUAAUC